AUGACAUUUUCAACUAAAAGUAUAUCUUUGAAAUCCCUUCUCAAUCAAUUAAACACGGAAUUUAUUGAAGAAUCAAAACAAUUGGUUCCAAAGGUUUCUGAUGAUUCCGAAUAUAAUGAAAAAAUUCUUAAUGAUGAAUUACAAUCUAAAGCAAAUGAAAUGCAAACAUUUAAAUUUAUGAGAGUAGCAAAACAAUUAGAAAUUUCAUUGUCAAAGAUAAUUCUUGAUGAAAGACAGUGUGAGAAAAUUUCUUUACAAAAGGAAAUCGACGAUUUACAACGUAAAAUAACGCAACAGAAAGAAGUUAUAGUGAAAUAUACUAGUUUGGUUAGGCAAUGGUCAAAAGAGUUUAGUGAAUUGGAAGAAGAGCAUAUGAUUUCUUUAUAA